AUGAAUUCUGUUAGUGGUCAGAAAUUGGGUAUUAAGACCACUGAAUCAGCGAGGAUGGAGACAAGCACUGUGAGGAGGGAGAAUCUGAAGGAGCUUGAGGUCCAGGCAGUUUCCACUUUUUAUAAACUCUGGUCUGAAACGGAGAAGAUGGCCAGCAGACAAGCUCUUGAAAUCAACGAUAUUUCUGAAACAGAAGACUGGGAUGCGGAGACUGAAAGAGAGGAAAAUUUAGCAUUAGGGAGACCUGCCUGGCAACAAAACGUUAUUCCCAAUCAGUCUACAACUUGGGGAGCAGCGAAGGCGGUAGAUGGGAAAUAUUCUGACCGUUCAUCAGCAGGAAACCAGUGUACAAUUUCAGCAUCCGGAUAUAAUACAGCAACAUGGAGAGUGGAUCUACAGAGAGUGGUGAGCAUCAGUCACAUCAACAUCUACUACAGGACGGAUAAUUUUCCCAGUCCAAGUGGGUACGUUAGUCGAUUCGCUGGGUUUUUUCUCUAUGUUUCAAAGACUACAUCAAGAGAAGACGGAAGACUUUGUUUCCACGAAUUACAGAAUGUGAGUGGUACACCUACAGAAGACCAGAGGAUCAACUGCUCAGUGUACGGCAGAUACGUUAUAUACUACAACGAGAGGAGACCGGAUGUCACAUAUCCUAGUUACUACUCUGAAGACGCAUUUAACGAACUGUGUGAAGUGGAAGUCUAUGGGUGCCCUGGUUCUAAGUAUUACGGAAAAUAUUGUGACCAAUUAUGUCCAGAAAUGUGUCUUGAUCAGAGAUGUAAUAUUUCUUCAGGGAACUGUCUCGAGUGUAUACCGGGAUAUAAAGGACCUCGCUGUAGUCAGAAAUGUGACGGUGGAGUAUUUGGACUGAAAUGCAGCCAAAGUUGUGGACAAUGUCGAGACGGGUCACAGUGUCAUCAUAUAAACGGUACUUGUUUAGAUGGAUGUUCUCCUGGAUAUAGGGGAUCCCUCUGUAUUAAUGGUUAG